GGGGACGGCGGCGGGGACGGCGGCGCGGCGGGCUGGGGCGGCGAGGGCCGCGCGGAGGGCGGGCGCAGCAUGGGCGGCCCGCGGGCCUGGGCGCUGCUCUGCCUCGGGCUCCUGCUCCCCGGGGGCGGCGCCGCGUGGAGCGUCGGGGGAGCCCCGUUCUCCGGACGCAGGAACUGGUGCUCGUAUGUGGUGACCCGUACCAUCUCAUGCCACGUGCAAAAUGGCACCUACCUUCAGCGAGUGCUGCAGAACUGCCCCUGGCCCAUGAGCUGCCCGGGCAGCAGCUACAGAACGGUGGUGAGACCCUCCUACAAGGUGAUGUACAAGACAGUGACCGCGCGUGAGUGGAGGUGCUGCCCCGGGCACUCCGGGGUGAACUGUGAGGAAGGCUCCUCUGGCUUUGUGGACCCUGGGUGGUCAGGCAACACCAUGCGACGGAUGGCAUUUCGGCCCACAGCCUUCUCAGGUUGCCUCAACUGCAGCAAAGUGUCAGAGCUGACUGAGCGGCUGAAGGUACUGGAGGCCAAGGUGGCGGUGCUCACUGUCACUGAGCAGGCAGUGAGGCCAACCCCAGCCGCCCCCGGGGACCCUGUCCCACUCUGGGGCUCCCCAGCAGCUCAGGGCAGCCCUGGGGAUGGAGGCCUCCGAGGGCUACCCGGAGUCAGAGAGAACACGAGGGCCCCGCUGCUCCCUCGAGAUGAUCGAGUUGGUGGCCAGGGGCUUCCUGGGCCCACUGGCCCUAAGGGAGAAACUGGCAGCCGAGGCCCAACAGGGAUGAGAGGCCCACCAGGUCCUCAAGGUCCCCCAGGAAGCCCUGGCCAGGCUGGAGCUGUGGGCACCCCUGGAGAGAGGGGACCUCCAGGCCCACCAGGGCCUCCUGGCCCCCCUGGGCCCCCAGCCCCUGUUGGGCCACCUCACAUCCGGAACCCCCAGUAUGGGGACCCAUUACUGUCCAACACCUUCACUGAGACCAGCAGCCACUGGCCCCAGGGACCAGUUGGACUACCAGGACCCCCAGGGCCCAUGGGUCCCCCUGGACUUCCUGGUCCCAUGGGCAUCCCUGGGAGUCCUGGACACAUGGGACCCCCAGGCCCCACUGGACCCAAAGGAAUCUCCGGCCACCCAGGAGAGAAGGGAGAGAGAGGACUGCGUGGGGAGCCUGGCCCCCAAGGCUCCAUGGGGCAUCGGGGAGAACCUGGCCCCAAAGGAGACCCUGGGGAGAAGAGCCAAUGGGCUCCUAGCUUACAGAGCUUCCUGCAGCAGCAGGCUCAGCUGGAGCUCCUGGCCAGACGAGUCACCCUGCUGGAAGCCAUCAUCUGGCCAGAACCAGAGGGGUCGGGGGCAGGCCCUGCCGGCACGGGCACUCCCAGCCUCCUGCGGGGCAAGAGGGGAGGACACGCAGCCAACUACCGGAUCGUGGCCCCCAGGAGCCGCAACGAGAGAGGCUGAGGGUGGGGGCGGCCCUAGGGGCAGACCAGGCCAGGCUUCCCUUCCCAGCCUGGACUUGGCCAACUGCCUCCAGGGACCGCCCAUCGGUAUUUAUUAAUGUCCUCAGGGUCCCUUCUGCCCCUAGGCCUUUGGGAUGGGCAAGUCUUGGUCCUGACUCACCCUGUAAGCCGAAUAGGAAACUGAGAAAGCACAGUAGCCUGAGAGGGAGGGGCAGGCAAGAGGUGAGGCCUUGCUCAGGGCCCUGGGCCUCCAUCUCCCUCUGUGAACUAGGAUGCUGCAGGCCUGCAGAGAAGGGGUGGUUGGUUCGAGUCUUAUCAGCUGCCCAAUCCUCGGGGCCUGUAGGCGCUGAAGGGACCCAGGAGCUGGGGCUCUGCUGGGCCCUUGGCACAUGCAGGGCUGAUGGGGAAGGGCUCACCUCCCCCUCCUCCCCAAGCAAACCUUGGGGAGCCCAACACACUCCUCCUCUCCUUGAUUACUGGUGCUGGGUCCCCACCCUGAGCUCAAUAGGCAGGACGCAGGGAUUCCUUGCAUAGGUCCUGCCCCAGAAGCCCCCAGCCCCUCCCAUGUCCCAUGUGGGGGUGGGGGCAUGGAGAGGGAGGGGCCCCCUGGAGGUAGACAUCUCCAGCCAAUAAAGGCCCCCAGUCUAAUGUC